AUCAUCGCUACUCUGUGUCUUAUCCUACGGCUUUAUGGAAGAAUAUGGCUUGAGGAAAAGAUUUUCAUUGAAGAAGCUUAUUGGGGUACUGCAUUUGCAGCGUACAGUCUGAUAUGGACCCCGGGCUACUACGUUCACAAGUGGGAUUUGAAGAACGGAGAUCUUAUUAGACCUUUAUAUCUCAUUCUUGUGUAUGGCUGUUGUUGUUCAGCUGUGCAACCACUUAUCAAGGCUGCUAUAUUACUUGACUGGUGUCGCGUCUUCGUCCCUGGAGAUAAGACAAAGAGCCCUUUCUGGUGGCGUGCAAUGGUGAUCAUAUCCUUCCGAUGUAUAUGGGGUAUUACUUGCAUUGUACUUUUGAACCUUCAAUGCCGUCCUCAUAACGCCAUCUGGGAGUUCUACGUCCCCAGCCAAUGUUACAGUCUUCCCAAGGCGAUGCUUACCUCUGCAAGCGUCCAGGUUAUCAGCGACAUUGCCAUGAUAUUGCUCCCUCAGCAUAUCAUUUGGAAACUACAAAUGAGAUGGCAGAGGAAAGUUGAUAUUGCCAUCAUCUUCGGCGUUGGCAUCAUCGCUUGCGUUGCCGCGAGCUUCCGUCUCGCUCAUACCGUCACCUUCUCCAAGGAAGCUGAUACAGUGUGGUAUAUCGCACCGCUCCUCUUUUGGGCCUGCGGAGAAAUGACAUGCGGGUUCUUCAUCCUCAGUGUAACAACCCUACCAAGAAUCGCCGCAGAAAGCAGGCUCGCCUCGAACUUAAGGCGAGCAUUUGGAAUAUCCGCCAAAUCUAGCGAUCCGUCGAAUCCUAACGCUGAUCAGCUGCCAAACCCCAAACCUCUCCGCGUAUAUAGAGCUGGGAAGGCUUCAGAGAACUACUAUAAACUUGAUGAAGACGGUAUUCCUAUGACUAUCCUUGGUGAAUCAGAAUCACAAGAGCGUCUCAACGACGGUGGCGCGGAUGAUGAUACUGGGAACAGUGCAGUACAUGUAACUCGCCAAACGCAUGUUACAGUGACCUCUGCUUCUAAUACCAGCAUCAAACUUGACCAAAUUCUGACACCCUGGGAGAAGAGAGAAAGGCAUGCUCGAGCGUCAUGGCUUGGUCUCUGGUAG